GCACGGACUUCAUCGGCCCUCACACUGCUUAUAAAACACAGCCUGAAAACAGCUGUUGUUUGUUUCGUUUUCGCUGUUUUGUGAAAUUUGUGCUCUGUAUCAGCCACCAUGGGCGACACCAUCUAUCCUCCAGAGAGCAUCUAUAAUCUUAUUCCCAGAGAAGAGGAGAAAACCACGAAACCUCCCAGGUACAUGUCAAAGUUCAGAGAGCAGGUGAAACUGGAGAAAGAGUUGAAUAAAGCCUCAAAUAAAACUAUGGGAUCAGCAAAAGUGGAUGUGCCGUCUCCACAGAAAUAUCUGCUGAAGCACUCCAAGGAACUCAAACUCCCUGAGAAGAAACCAUUUAAAUAUGAAGAUCAUGAACUACACAGUAAACCAGCAGUACCUGCAAGAACUGACAAGCCACUCAUGGGUAUCCACACCAACAAAAACUUUAUUAAAACCAACGCUGUUGAGAAUAUCAUGGCACUCCCAAAGAAACCACAGCCUGUUUGUGCUGAUACCAAGAAGGGAGACAAACAACUCCUGGAGAACUCUGGGCUCGUCCCAAAAUACAUUAAGAAGAAGGACUAUGGUCAAACUCCAGAGUAUCUGCUCCAGCGCAGAGAGGAGGUGAGGAGAGCUCAGGAGGAGUAUGACAGUUAUGUGAAGGAGCGCAUGAGAGAAGGGGCCAUGAAACAGCUCUCUGAGGAAGAACGCAUCAACAUCCUGCAGACUCUGAAGAAGAACUGGGAUGAUCUUCAUCAUCAGUACCAGGGUCUCUCUGUUGUCACAGAUACGACACCCAAAAAAUACAGGAAGGAGCGUCUGGAGUUGGAGAUGAAGCAGCUGGAGAAAGACAUUGAUCUGAUUGAGCGACACAAGACCGUCUACAUCGCUAAUAACUGAGUGUGAUUUUUGUUAAAAACAUUUGAAACAUGCAGAACUGCCUCAGUCUUUUUGCUUGUCUUCUUUUGUGGUCCUUCAGAAACAAAUGGCAACAGUUUUGCUCCAGUUACAAGAUUCAACAAGUAAAUAUGAGUACAAUAAAGAUCA